UAUCAUGUAAAGCUACUUAAUAUCUUUAUAGGUUAAAUACUUAAAUCAUCUAAUGUUAGGCUGUUUAAAAUGGUUGCAUACUUGUAUUAUAAGAUUGGAGAUUUGGAGUGUUGGACCAUUAAAUAACAUUUCAAUACAUGAACUAUAAAGUGACAAACUUUUAAAGUGUAAUCUUCUUCACAGAUUUGGAUAGCUUUCAAUAAUAGUGUUUUAACUAUUAUAUACAAUUAAGUAAUGUGAUUAAAAAAAACAUAAUUACAUAAAAAAAAAAAAAAAAAAAAAAAAAAAAAAAAAAAAAGAAUACUCCACAAAAUGAAAGGCUCAAGAACCUCACUCUAUACUUGUAAAAUGUCUAUACCCAUUAGUCUUAGUCAGCUUCCACUUUUGACCCUCAAUUUAAAACCUUUAACAGCCUAUAUAUAACUCAUCUAGUCCCAAAAACAAAAACCCUCAAAAUAUUUAUGGAUGUUUGUUACCUUAGUUUUAGCUAGAGAAUUUUUAUUUAUAACUAACCAUGACUUCUAGUGAUGAGCAAGUAACGUCGGCUCGUCAGCAGCUCCAAUGGUUCUUUUCCCAAUCGCCGCUGCUCGGCCAAUCAGUCGGGUUAAGGUCCGAUGACACCUCCAUAACUAUUCACGUCAUGACACCCAUAUCCAGCCCCAUGAAAACGGGUGUUGCAACAACCAUGCAUAAUAAUAAAAGUUACUUUGAAGAAGUUGGUCAUGUUACAAAUAAUAAUGUUGUUGAUCCACAAGAAGAGUGGCUUCCUAUCACUGAAUCUAGAAAUGGUAACGCCUUCUAUGCCGCCUUUCAUACCAUUUCUUCCGGCAUCGGUUUUCAAGCUCUUAUGCUUCCAUUAGCCUUCAUUUCCCUUGGUUGGAUAUGGGGCAUUACUUGUCUUUCAUUGGGUUUCAUAUGGCAAUUGUAUACGACAUGGUUGCUAAUUCAAUUGCAUGAAUCAGAGAAUGGCACACGCUAUAGUAGAUAUCUCCGGCUAUCUAUAGCAGCCUUUGGAGAAAAGCUUGGGAAACUUCUAUCCUUGUUUCCAAUCAUGUACUUAUCAGGUGGCACGUGUGUGGCUCUAAUCAUGUUUGGAAGUGGGACCAUCAAGAUUUUCUACCAAACAGUUUGUAUGCCUAAUUGUAAUAAGGCUAACCCAUUAACCACUGUUGAAUGGUACAUGGUCUUCACUUCUUGUGCUGUGAUACUAGCUCAGCUCCCCAACUUGAACUCAAUUUCCAAGGUAUCAUUCAUUGGAUCCUUGACCUCUGUAGGGUAUUGUACCCUUAUAUGGGUCAUAUCCGUAUGCAAAGACCGACCCACGAGUGUAUCAUAUGGACCGACCCAUGUCAAGUCCGACGUCGAUAGGGUUUGUGGAGUGAUCAAUGCAAUUGGGAUGAUUGCUUUUGCUUUUAGAGGGCACAACUUAGUGUUGGAAAUACAGGGAACCAUGCCAAGUAGUGUAAAGCAACCAUCAAGAAUAGCAAUGUGGCGAGGGGUGAAAUUUGCUUAUUUGAUCAUUGGAUUGUGCUUAUUUCCUGUCGCAUUUGGCGGAUAUUGGGCAUAUGGAAACUUGAUUAUACCUACAAAUGAAGGGCUAAUAAAAGUCAUGUAUGAAUACCAUGGGCACGACACUUCCAAGUUUCUACUGUGUCUCACAAGCCUGCUUAUCGUGAUUCAUUGUCUCAGCUCGUUCCAGAUAUAUGCAAUGCCGGUGUUUGACAACUUGGAGUUCCGGUUCACAAGCAGCAAGAAGAAGCCAUGCCCUCGUUGGUUGAGAUCAGGAAUCAGGGCCUUCUUUGGAUGCUUAACAGUCUUCAUAGCAUUUACAAUACCAUUCUUGCCGAGUUUGGCAGGUCUUUUAGGAGGCCUAGCUCUGCCUCUCACCCUAGCAUAUCCCUGUUUCAUGUGGAUAAAGAUCAAGAAACCCCGAGAGUUUGGCUUUAUGUGGUACCUUAACUGGGGGCUAGGAUGUUUUGGGAUACUUCUAAGCAUUCUGAUAGUGGCCGGAGCCAUAUGGAGUAUAGUGAUCAAAGGGAUGCCAGUCCACUUCUUCAAGCCGGAUAAGCGAUAG